UUCUUCGAUUUUCCUCUUUAAAUCCCUCCAUAAACCUCCGACUCUGAAAUUCACUUCUCCCUCAUUGUUGCAGGCUUCCAACUUUUCUCUCUCCAAAAGUAACCUAAAAUGUUUCCCAACAUUUCAAAAUGACCCCCAAAUUUCCAUCAUCUUAUCAAUAACACCCUCCCCUUAGCUUUUCACCAUAUCUUCACUCUCCCAAUGGCCUCUAUCUUCACUUCACUAUGCCACUCUCAACUCUCCCCACUCAAUUUCAGAACAAGGCACCUUAUCAGAACCAAUAAAUUUACUAAAAAACCCAUAGAAACUCUCCCCAUUAAGCUCAAUUUUAAAGCUUUUACCUUCCGAGGAACCUCCCAAAGCUCCAAACCCGUAAAGAAUAAAAUUUUGAUACUACCGAGAAGGGAACCUUGGGAAGAAGAAGCCAAAAUCUCGUCUGGGUAUUUUUCGUUUCAAUGUUUGGUUAAGAAUUUAGCUUUCACUUUGCUUUGUUUUGCAAUUGGGUUAUCAAAUUUGAGUCCAAAUGGGGAGUUCAAAGGUGUGGCAAUGGCUGCAAUAGUAGAAAAAGUGAGAGUGAGGAAAAAAGAAGCAGAAAAGAAGGGGACUUUGAGGAGAAAUGAGCAUGAGUUUUCGGAUUAUACAAGGAGGUUGUUAGAGGUGGUUUCGAGGUUGUUGAGGAGGGUAGAGGGGGUUAGGAGUGGAAAUGGUGACGUUAAGGAAGUUGGAGAAGUGUUAAAAGCUGUGAAGGUGAAGAAAGAGGAGUUGCAAGGGGAGAUAAUGAGAGGCUUGCAUGGGCAAUUAAUGGAGUUGAAGAAGCAGAAAGCGGAGUUAGAGAAAAGGGCUGUGGAUGAGGUGGCGAAAGUGGGGAAAAAGAAGGGGAAGGUUGUCAGUGGGAGAGGGGGGAAGGGAAAGGGAAAGGGGAAGGAUAUAGUGGAGAAGUUGGAAGAGGAGGAGUAUAAUGGGAUGUGGGAGAGAAUUGGGGAGAUUGAGGAUGAGAUUUUAAGGAGAGAGACCACAACAUUGAGCAUUGGUGUGAGGGAGCUUUGUUUUAUUGAGAGGGAGUGUGUGGAGUUGGUGAAAAGGUUUAAUAGCGAAAUGAGUAGGAAGGGGCAUUUCCAGAGUCCACAGAAAAGCUCUAUUACCAAUCUUUCGAGGUCUGAAAUUCGAGAUGAACUUGAAACAGCAAAAAGAAAACACUUUGAGCAGAUGUUAUUGCCUAGUGUUGUGGAGGUUGAAGAUCUUGGACCAUUCUUUAAUCAAGAUUCAGUGGAUUUUGCUUUACGUAUAAAACAAUGUCUUAAAGAUUCUAGGGAGAUGCAGAGGAAUCUGGAGUCUGGCAUAAGAAGAAGGAUGAAAAAAUUUGGCAGUGAAAAGCGUUUUGUUGUAAAAACUGCUGAGGAUGAAGUUGUGAAGGGAUUUCCAGAAGUUGAAUUGAAGCGGAUGUUUGGAGAGAAGGAGGUUGUUGUUCCUAAAGCCAUUAGUCUACAUUUGUACCAUGGUUGGAAGAGGUGGUGUGAAGAAGAUAAAGCAAACCUAAAAAGACACUUGCUGGAAGAUGCUGAAUUUGGCAAACAUUAUGUAGCUCAAAGACAGGAACGGAUUCUUUUAGAUCGAGAUAGAGUGGUUGCAAAGACUUGGUACAAUGAAGAGAGAAGCAGGUGGGAAAUGGAUCCAAUGGCUGUUCCUUAUGCAGUGUCUAAGAAGUUAGUAGAGCAUGCUCGAAUCAGGCAUGACUGGGCAAUGAUGUAUAUUGCACUGAAAGGGGAUGACAAGGAAUAUUUUGUUGACAUCAAGGAAUUUGACAUGCUGUAUGAGAAUUCUGGAGGGUUUGAUGGGCUAUACCUGAAAAUGCUUGCUUGUGGUAUCCCAGCUGCUGUUCAAUUGAUGUAUAUCCCUUUCUCAGAGUUGAAUUUUUGUCAACAAUUUCUCUUGACAACAAGGCUGGCUCAUCAAUGCUUAACUGGGUUAUGGAAGACAAAAUAUGUAGCAUUGGGAAAAGAUUGGGUUUAUCAGAAAUUUAAAACUAUAAAUGAUGAUAUAAUGGCGGUUGUUGUGUUUCCACUCAUUGAUUCUAUUGUGUUUCCACUCAUUGAUUCUAUCUUUCCUUACCUGGUGAUGAUGCAGUUGGGGAUGACAUGGCCAACGGAAAUAGCACAAACAAUCUCAACAUGGUAUAUAAGAUGGCAAGCUGAAGCAGAAAUGAAUCUCUACUAUAGAAAGACAGAUGACUCUAAAUGGUUUCUUUGGUUUCUCAUUGGAAGCACUAUCUAUGGAUUUAUUUUGUAUCAUGCAUUUCGCUUCCUUAGAAGAAAAGUUCCAAAAGUUCUUGGCUAUGGACCUAUACGUAAAGAUCCAAACAUGAGAAAACUGCGGAGAGUGAAAGGCUAUUUUAAUUAUAGGUUGAGGAGAAUGAAACGUAAGAAAAAGGCUGGCAUUGAUCCCAUUAAAACUGCUUUUGAUGGAAUGAAGAGGGUGAAAAAUCCUCCAAUCCCAUUGAAAGAUUUUGCUAGCAUUGAGUCUAUGAGAGAGGAAAUCAAUGAAGUAGUUGCAUUUCUACAGAAUCCUGGUGCAUUCCAAGAAAUGGGUGCCUGUGCCCCUCGGGGAGUUCUUAUUGUUGGAGAGAGAGGAACUGGAAAAACAUCUCUUGCACUAGCCAUAGCUGCCGAGGCAAGGGUGCCAGUUGUUAAUGUUGAAGCCCAACAAUUGGAGGCUGGGCUGUGGGUUGGCCAAAGUGCAUCAAAUGUUAGGGAACUUUUUCAGACAGCCAGGGAUUUGGCACCUGUAAUUAUAUUUGUGGAGGAUUUUGACCUCUUUGCUGGUGUUCGUGGAAGAUUUAUUCACACAAAACAGCAGGACCAUGAGGCCUUCAUCAAUCAACUUCUUGUGGAACUUGAUGGGUUUGAGAAACAAGAUGGGGUUGUUUUGAUGGCUACUACGAGAAAUAUCAAGCAAAUUGAUAAGGCCUUAAAACGGCCUGGUCGAAUGGACAGAGUAUUUCAUCUUCAAAGGCCAACUGAAGCAGAAAGGGAGAGGAUACUACAGAUUGCUGCAAAAGAAACCAUGGCUGAGGAGCUUAUUAAUCUGGUAGACUGGAAAAAGGUUGCUGAGAAGACUGCUUUUUUGCGGCCUACAGAACUUAAACUUGUUCCUGUGGCCUUGGAAGGCAGUGCAUUUAGGAGCAAGUUUCUUGAUAGGGAUGAACUUAUGAGCUACUGUAGUUGGUUUGCGACUUUCAGUGGCAUGAUUCCAGAAGGGGUGCGGAAAACCAAAAUUGUCAAGCAAAUUAGCCAAAUGCUGGUGAAUCACCUUGGACUAACAUUGACCAAAGAGGAUCUGCAGAAUGUGGUUGAUCUAAUGGAGCCAUAUGGUCAGAUAAGCAAUGGAAUAGAACUCCUAAAUCCUCCCUUUGAUUGGACAAGGGAGACUAAGUUCCCACAUGCUGUUUGGGCUGCUGGCCGUGGUCUCAUCACACUACUUCUACCAAAUUUUGAUGUUGUGGAUAAUCUAUGGCUUGAGCCUUGUUCAUGGAAGGGAAUUGGGUGCACGAAGAUUACCAAGGCAAGGAAUGAAGCGACUAUGUAUGGCAAUGAAGAAUUGAGGUCUUACCUUGAAAAAAAGCUUGUAUUCUGCUUUGGAUCAUAUAUUGCAGCCCAAUUGCUACUACCUUUUGGAGAAGAAAAUUUUCUUUCUGCAUCAGAACUAAAGCAGGCUCAGGAGAUAGCUACAAGGAUGGUGAUUCAGUAUGGAUGGGGGCCUGAUGACAGUCCUGCGAUUUACUGUAGUCGUAAAGCGGUUACAGCUUUGAGCAUCGGGAACAAUCAUGAGUUUGAGUUGGCAACUAAAGUUGAAAAGAUUUAUGAUUUAGCAUAUGAAAAGGCAAAGGAAAUGCUUAAGAAAAAUCGUCAAGUUCUUGAAAAGAUUGUGGAAGAGUUGCUUGAGUUUGAAAUGUUGACUGGGAAGGAUUUGGAAAGAAUCUUUAAUGAAACUGGGGGGAUUCGAGAGAAGGAGCCUUUUAUCUUAUCACACCUUGAUUAUAGGGAGCCCUUGUAUAGCAGCUUUCUUGAUGAAGGGAAUGCAUUAGGAACUUCCUUUCUAGAUGUUGCAGCAUAGGAGCAAAAGAAUAAGCAAGCUCUGGCAUUCUUACCUUGAAGGCAAAAAGUACAAAAAGUUUUCAUCCUUUUGAGCAUAGGAUAUGGAAGUUGAGAAGAGGAGCCAUAUUUUUCCUUCUCAACCGUUUAUCUAUUCUACUGGACUUUGGUCAGUACUCAUUCAGCUAUUUAUUAGCCUAGCAUUCUUGUCAAUAAAAUGUUUUAAUUAUAUUAUUUCGGUUGAUUAUCAAUCGAAAGUCUUGUAUGCAAGUAUAUUUGUAACUGCAAUCUGUUUGCAGUCAUGGAAGGCAGAGGAAUCGAAAUAAUUAUCUUGUAUUAAGUUUAUUAUGUAGUGUGUAAAAGAUUAAGAUACUUUUAUUUAUUAGGAUGUGACUUUAUAUGAACAUU